AUGUUUGCGGCGUUGACUUUUGUGAAGGUCUUCCAUUGGCUGGUGCAGGACCGGGUGGACUAUAUAGAGGUCACCCCCAGCGUCUCGCGCCUCGCGCACGCGCGCAUCAUCACCUUCAUGGCGGUCCUGCUGGGCCUCGACUGCGCCUUUCUGCAGCACACCAUCGCCGCCACCCUGGCCAGCGGCGGCCACAGCGUGCAGCUGCUGUUCGCGUUCGAAUACGUGAUCUUGGCCAGCAGCAUCGUGGCGACAGGGGCGAAGUACGUCAUGAGCAUGGUGGAUGCCGCCAUGGAGGGCAGAUGGGAGGGCAAGGGCGCGUGGGUCUUCUACACCGAGCUCAUGACUGACAUGCUGCACCUCCUGGUGUACCUUGUGUUCUUCGUCAUCGUCUUCACCCAUUACGGGCUGCCCCUGCACCUGAUCCGGGAUCUCUACAUCACGUUCCGCAACUUCCGCAACAGGAUCUCGGAUUUCCUGCGCUUCCGCCAGGUCACCGCGCGCAUGGACCGCUUCCCGGACGCGUCGCCCGACGACCUCGCCCGCUGCCACUUCACCAGCAGCUGCAGGUGA